AUGGGUAACACAUUUUCAUCUUAUGACGAAAAAGAGAGAAGAGGUUUAAUUUUGUUACCUGAGAAUUAUAUUCGUUACAAUUUAAAUGAAGAUAAUUAUAAAAAAUGUGAAGAAAAUAAAGUUAAAAAAAAUAUCGAAAAAGAUAAAAGCUUAAAAAAUGACCUAUCUACAAAAAAUAAUAAAAGUAUACAUGAAAACGAACAUUAUGAAUUAAAUGAAUCUCUGAUAAAUGAUUUAAUAAAAGAAAAUGAACUUUACAUAAAAAAUUAUAAAGACGAAUUAAUUAACAUAAAUCAAGACUCCAUUAAAAUUCCACAAACAAAAAAUGAAUGUUUAUAUAGUGAAAAUAACAUAUAUAAUUGUCUUAAAAGUAUGAAUGAAUCUACUUUUGGAUUUUUAAAUUCAUAUUCCAGGUGUUAUAAAUAUUUGAGGGAAUAUGAAAGUUGUGUACAAAGAAUUAAAAUCUAA